CGUCGGGACCGGUGCACACGCUGCUCGCUCCGUCUAGUGCCGCGAGUGUGAAAGAUAUUUUCCUUCUGCUUUGCCCUGAGUGCUUCCUCCGCUCCUCCCGGAUCUGCAACAUUAUAUAGAACCAAACAAAGUGUUUCAGAAAAUCCAUAAUAAACUCAAACACAGUUAAGAUCCGCCACUGAAACUCACAGAUAAUCCCGAGUGGCGUGAGGUGUGAAAAACCGCUCAACAAAAUCAGUCAAAGUGUGGUGCUGCAAGACGCCUCCGACCAUGAGCGUAGCGAGGGUGCUAAGUCCGCUAAGGUUAGCACCUCCUGAGAAGAAUGGCAAACCCAGCGGGGGAACGACCACCAUGACGGAGGGCCUGGCCACGCCCCUGCGCUCCGUGCUGACCUGCGGGGGGUGCUGUCAGCGCUUCGAUGAUGGCUCCCGCAGACCGAAGUUCCUCUCCUGCUUCCACACGGCUUGCCUCAUCUGCCUCCGAAAGGGCUUCUCCGAUGGCAAGGUGCGCGACCACGAUCAGGCGGUGGCCGUGUUACGCGCGGAGGUGCGCUCGUCGGUCAGUGAGGCGCGGACCCUCCUGCAGGAGACACGACGCCUGCGCCAUGACCAGCGCAAGUACCUCCUGCGGCAGCUGGACGCGGCGAGGGCCUACGAGAAGCAACUCAAGUCUGAGCUCAAGCAGCUGGAUAACGACAAGCGGGACGAGACGCGUGGGCUGGAUCGCAUGGAGACGGACAUCGAGCAGGAGACGUCCCUGGUGAGCCUGCACGAGACGGUGAAGCGCGCGGGGUCCAUGGUGACUCGCCUGGCGGACGAUCUGGCCACGGCCAAGGCGGUCCUUGCCGACUCCUUCCUCACCCUCGGCAAGCUCAACCGCUCCCAGGACGACCUUGACGCCAUUGAGCUUAAGUCCUCCACGAGCGGCAGAUCCCCCGCCAGCCCCGCCCGCGGGUGCGUGGACCGCCGCAGCCAGAGCCUCGCGGGCCACUACAGCAGCAGACGUCUGGCUCACAACGGCCGAAAUGCGGGCAAGGUGGCGCUGCUCCGCCCCGCGCUCAGCCUCGAGGCUCCGAUGCCCACGAUCCAGCCUCUCCCCAGAGUCUACCUCGACCUGAGUAUUGAGGGCAUUAAGCAAACCGCCCGCGUCGUGAUCGAGCUCCGCCCUGACAUGGCCCCGCGCCUCUGCGAGAACUUCACGCUGCUGUGCACGGGCGAGAGGGGCUUCGGGUACCGCGGCAGCCAGAUGUUCCGCUGUCUGCCGGGCUGGUGGCUGCAGGGGGGCGACUUCCAGAGCAACGACGGCGAGGGCGGGCGGGCGGCCCUGGGGGACAGCGAGCUCAUCUCGGCGGAAACCACAGAGCUUGAGCCUCGACCCGGCGCGGUGGAGAUGCUGUGCAUGUCAACCAACGAAAAGGGAUCGCUUAUGGUCGGAUCUCAGUUCUUCAUCCACGUUAAGAAGUACAGCUAUACCCACGUGUUUGCUUACGUCGUCGAUGGUUUGGACCUCGUGGAUAAGAUGACCCAGCUAGGAGACUCGAACUCCGUGUAUCGACCCUCCAAGGCCAUCACCAUAGCGGACUGUGGUCGUCUCUCCGGCUGAGCUCUACCCUCUCCAGUCCUGUUAUCGUCGAACGCCCACUUGCUCCCUGGAAUCAACGAUGAACCCUGGAACCGUCUCUCCCCUCGAGUCAUCCG